AUGACCUCAAUACGACGCAUCACGCGCAUCACACAACCGCUUCGACGAACAUUCUCAUCCACAUCAUCGCCGUCCUAUCAACACGUGUUGUACUUUGGAAAUCUUCUGGGAUAUCAAUCCAUCGAUCGACUGGCGAAAUUUUCGAGGUCGUGGUUGGAUAGUGCAGGGGUAUCUGGAGAUGUAGAUCGGGGGUUGAGGUAUGAGUGUAUGAGUAGUGGUGGGGUGGGACAUGUGUUGGUAGGGUAUACGUUGUUGGAUACGAGGUUGGAUGGGAGAUCUCCUCGACAGACAUCUGAACAAGUGUCACUUCAUGGAGCAGUAGAACCGGAAGAAGAAGUGGAUGGUGAAGUGAUACAUCUCGACACCGAGGACGCGAAAAGCAGCACGUCAAGUCAACCAUCCAAAGUCUUCGCUCUUGGCCGCAACACCCACGCACAGCUGGGGUUGGGUUUCACCAGUCAAGAAGCUACGAGAGGCAUGGUCACGGGCGAAUUCGCCGGAGAAGGGGGUGUUUCCAUGCUCGCCGCGGGGAACGGGUUCAGUUUCAUCGUGACCAGCUCGAACGAAGGAGGCAAAGUGUUUGCGUUUGGAAACGAUACGCUCGGUCAACUUGGCUCGAACAGCCUAGAAGGCGGAAGAACAGGGGAGGAUGCGUACGAUGUUUCGAUACGAAGUGGAAGAGAGCCGCAGCUGAAGCUUCUCCCGCUACCAAGGGAAGUACCGGUAGGGGGAGAGGGGGAAGAGGGAUGGGAGGUGAAGAGCAUCUCUGCCGGGUUGGAUCAUUCCUUGGUGUUGGUGGAGAAGGUGGUGAAUGGGCGGAGGGUGCAGAGGGUAUUGAGUACGGGGUUGAAUACCGAUGGUCAGCUGGGGUUGACAGAGAAAGACAAGGAAGAGUGUGUUCCGAUCGAGCCGUUGAUCGAGAGAGGUUUCACAGAGGUUCCCAUCACUCUUUCACCCAAACUGGUCGAGUCGGACGGAGAGGCAGGAGCGGAGAUUGUCCAAGUGGUUUGCGGAGCGGACACGUCCUACGCUCUGACGGCAGGAGGAGAUCUUUGGGUGUGGGGGAACUCGGAAUACGGUCAAUCCUUCGCCGGGAUCCACGAUCGGAUCGUCGCCCCUCUGUUCGUUCCCAACCCUCUACCGGACGCCUACCGCGAUCACAGCAUCUCGUUCGAUCCACUUCACCCACCAAAACUCCAGAAGCUGGUAGCGGGCGGAUCGUUCGCUGCUAUCCUCGACACGCAAGGCCGAGUCUGGGUUGUCGGCUACGGUCCACGCGGUCAACCCGUUUCCGAGUCCAAAGCGCAAUGGUCUUCCUUGUCCCUCGUUGAGUUCCCUCCUGACAUGGUAGUAGAGACCCUCUUCAGCGGCCUGGAAUACUUCAUCGCCACAGCCCGCUCACCCUCCUCUCUACCGCAAGUGUUCAUAUGGGGUAUCCCACCACGCGCCGUCUCCACCGAACCCAUCGUGACUCCCACGCCAGUCCCGUUCAGCAUCCCCAAGACUCCCCGGCAGAAGUGGCUCGACGACAACCCACGUCUCAAGCAAAAGCAAAGGGAAGAAGCGAUCGACCUGUCGAAAGUCAAAAUUCAGGCAGCCGCAUGUACACGGGAACACCUCCUGCUCAUUGUCGACGAUGGAGUGGGGGGCGACUUUUGGGCGGAAUGCGAUCAUCCUCCGCGAGACAAGGGGACGGAUGUCACGCUGUAA